CCCACCCCACCCUCCGCCGGCUCCGGCUGCGGCUCCUGCCUCGACUCUUAUUUUAUUUAUUUUGGGCUGUGCACAAACCUCCGUGCCCGCAGCCCGCGCCGCCUCGGACCGCGGACGCCUCCUCCCUCGGCUCCGGAGCCCCAGAUCUCAGCCACCUUCUCCUCGACACCCCCAGAGCCCCGCCAGCCGCCGCGAGUCUUCGCUGCUGGAAUCUUGUUGGCUGCCGGGUUUUUUUUUUUGGGGGGGGUUGUUUCCUGAAAUUUUUGUUUCCAGCCAAGGGGAGGAUAUCGUGAUUUUUUCCCCCUCUGAGCCCAGGCUCUGCUCUCUGGGGGGUGGGGGGCGCGCCGAGCCGGGGAGCCGUGCCAGCCGAGUCGUGCGGGCUGUGGCAGGGAAGGGACCACCGCCAUGGGAUGUACUCUGAGCGCAGAGGAGAGAGCCGCCCUCGAGCGGAGCAAGGCGAUUGAGAAAAACCUCAAAGAGGAUGGCAUCAGCGCCGCCAAAGACGUGAAAUUACUCCUGCUGGGGGCUGGAGAAUCAGGAAAAAGCACCAUUGUGAAGCAGAUGAAAAUCAUCCACGAAGAUGGUUUCUCUGGAGAAGACGUGAAACAGUACAAGCCUGUGGUCUACAGCAACACCAUCCAGUCCCUGGCAGCCAUCGUCCGGGCCAUGGACACUUUGGGCAUCGAAUAUGGUGACAAGGAGAGAAAGGCAGACGCCAAGAUGGUGUGUGACGUGGUGAGUCGGAUGGAAGACACGGAGCCCUUCUCUGCAGAACUGCUUUCAGCCAUGAUGCGACUCUGGGGUGACUCAGGGAUCCAGGAAUGCUUCAACCGGUCUCGGGAGUAUCAGCUCAACGAUUCUGCCAAAUACUACCUGGACAGCCUGGAUCGGAUCGGGGCCGCUGACUACCAGCCCACCGAGCAGGACAUCCUCCGAACCAGGGUCAAAACCACCGGCAUCGUAGAAACCCACUUCACAUUCAAGAACCUCCACUUCAGGCUGUUCGACGUUGGGGGCCAACGAUCUGAACGCAAGAAGUGGAUCCACUGCUUCGAGGACGUCACGGCCAUCAUCUUCUGUGUCGCGCUCAGCGGCUAUGACCAGGUGCUCCACGAAGACGAGACCACGAACCGCAUGCACGAGUCUCUCAUGCUCUUCGACUCCAUCUGUAACAACAAGUUUUUCAUCGAUACCUCCAUCAUUCUCUUCCUCAACAAGAAAGAUCUCUUUGGUGAGAAGAUCAAGAAGUCACCUUUGACCAUCUGCUUUCCUGAAUACACCGGCCCCAAUACCUACGAAGAUGCAGCCGCCUACAUCCAAGCACAAUUUGAAAGCAAAAACCGCUCACCCAACAAAGAAAUUUAUUGUCACAUGACUUGUGCCACAGACACGAAUAAUAUCCAGGUGGUAUUCGACGCUGUCACUGACAUCAUCAUUGCCAACAACCUCCGGGGCUGCGGCUUGUACUGACCUCUUGUCCUGUAUAGCAACCUAUUUGGUAAUGAUUCCAGCACUCAGAAAAGCUUGCACACACACACACACACACACACACACACACACACGCCACUAGCAAAUGCAAGUUGGUAAAUAACAAAACCUUAUAUAUAUAUACAGAUAUAUAUUAAAAAAUUCUUUUUAGUUUGUACUAGAAAGAGCUUUGGACAGAACUGACCACCCUCCACAGUCAUCAGUUCCCGGCAUGCUCGUGCGUGCACACACACAGGGGUGGCGGUCCUGAUUUGGGAACCCAUCCUUUUACGAACAGCCACGUGAUUUCACUCCCGAGACCCAUUUCUGUGAGCAGAGGGAGGGCAAAGACGGGCUGGCCUAGUCCACCCGUUUCUCUGCUUCCACCCACUGAGGCCGUGUGCUCUCAGUUCUGUCCUGCUCUGUGCGGAUUCCAAAACCCUUUACAAAAUAGCCAACACCCUCAACAUCUCCCUGCCCUAAAGCCCCAACAACAGAAUGAUUAAGUUCGCUUCUCUUUUGGGUGGUGGUGGUUGUUAACGGAAAGAAUUUAGAAGAAUCAUUGCUCCGACCAACCCAUUGUCUCCUGAGUUUUCUUUGUUCAUGUAAAACGAGGCAAGAGUCAGAGGAAAGGGAGACUGGGCUGCUUUCCAAAAGCAGCUGAGGGGAGGGUGCAGACAAACAGAUGCACCUGCCCCACCUCCGGGAGGGUGUGGAGGGAGAGGGGUCAGAAGCGGCACAGGGAGGCCGCAUCCAUAGACCUGACUGGGCCAGGGUCCCGUGGGGUGAGGCCUUCCGGGGCCUGGGAUGGGGUCCUGUGGGUUCUGACCCCACCUGAGAUGCUGGCCCCUCCUGCCCUACCCCCACAUCACUGAAGUGUGCCAGGGGUUUUUGGUUGGUUGUUGGUUUUGAAAAUCAAAGAAAAUGGUCAGACCAGACCCCUUAUCUCUCUCUCUACAGACUGCUUCAUGGACUCUUUGCUGUUGAUGUUGAUCUCCUGGUAGCAUGACCUUUUGGCCUUUGUAAGACACACAGCCUUUCUGUAUCAAGCCCCUGUCUAACCUACGACCCCAGAGUGACUGACGGCUGUGUAUUUCUGUAGAAUGCUGUAGAAUCCGGUUUUAGUUGAGUCUUUACAUUUAGAAUUUGAAAGGAAAAAAUACUUCUCAUGUGCUUUGUAGCUUAAAAAAAAAAAGAGGAAAAAGGAAAACUCACCAUUUCAUCCAUAUUUUUUUUCUUCUUCUUCUUCUUUUUUUUUAAAUAAAGAAACACACACAUCCCCAUCCCACCUCGAGUGCAGAGGGGGCGGCCUGGCCACCAGGAGGUCCUGUUCCUGGCAGUGACCUCAGGCUUGGCUUUCCAGAAGGCCCUGCCUGUCUGGACCCUUCUCCCACCCUGCGCCCCGCCUGAGCCCCUUCAACCACACGCUCACUCCAGGUUUGUAUAGAAAAAGCACAGCUCUCACUGGCCAGUAGCUGCCAAAAAAAUUCCCAUCAUAUAGAUAUAGAGCCUUGUAGAAGAAAAAGAAUUUCCCCACCGACUCCCUCUCUCAGAGUCCCUUAAUGAUUUUUUUUUGGUUUAUUUUAUUUUUUGUUCGUUUUACUUUUGUCCUGACGAGCACUCCGCGUCACAUACCAGCUCCGCUUCCACGGUCUCUGGGCACUGGGCUGUGGUUUCUUCUCCAACAUUCUGGCUUCUCGUCACGGGUGGACGCUCCCCGUGUGCGCUUCUCCACCUUUUCCUUUGUUUCCGUGACCUGUGUUCGCUCUUUCUCAUGUGGGGAUGUUUGUGCUACAGAUAAAAAGAACAAAAAAAAAAAUUUUAAAUACCACAAGAUGGAAAAAAACAAAAAAAAAAAUGUUAAGAAAGCGGGAAUGUAGUGUUGCCGUGGAAGCCAAGAUUUCACAAUCAGUCCCGUGUCCUUUCUACUUUGACUCGUCUCCAAACCCCGACCCUCUUCACGGUUUCACUUUUAGGACUUAAUAUUUGCUGAAGAAGACCAGUCACAGCCAUUUCAGAUAAAGAGGAGGCAAAAAGACAAAAUACACAAAAAAUUUAAAAUACAGAAAAAAAAAACUUGAAAAAAAGGAAAAAAAAAAAAACAUAAAAAAAGCCCACGGGUCUUUCUAAGCCUUUCUAUUCCCAAUCGGUGAGGUUUCUGUGAUAUCUUACACACUGCCAGUCUACUUCUCUGACUAAUGGAAAUUCAUGUGUAGCUCAAUAAAGAGAAUGU